AUGUCAAAGCUAGUUUGCGUCACCGGCGGCAGUGGAUGCAUCGGUUCAUGGCUCGUCCAUCUCCUCCUUCACCGCGGCUACACCGUUCACGCCACCGUCCAAAAUCUCAACGAUGAGAACGAAACUAAGCAUCUAGAAGCUCUCGAAGGUGCGCAAACCAAUCUCCGUCUCUUCCAAAUCGACCUUCUCAACUACGAUACGAUCCUCGCCGCUGUACGCGGUUGCGAUGGUGUUUUUCACCUUGCUUCGCCUUGCAUUGUUGAUAAAGUUCAUGAUCCUCAGAAGGAGCUUCUAGAUCCUGCAAUUAGAGGGACGGUGAAUGUGCUUACUGCGGCUAAAGAAGCAGGGGUGAAGCGCGUGGUUAUCACGUCGUCUAUCUCUGCGGUUACUCCUAGUCCUGAUUGGCCUUCUGAUGUUAUCAAGAGAGAGGAUUGUUGGUCUGAUAUUGAAUACUGCAGAAAUAAAGAGUUGUGGUAUCCUUUGUCCAAGACACUGGCAGAGAAAGCUGCUUGGGAUUUUUCCAAAGAAAAUGGUUUGGAUGUUGUUGUGGUGAAUCCUGGUACUGUGAUGGGCCCUGUUAUUCCACCAAGGAUUAACGCAAGCAUGCUCAUGCUUGUUCGACUUCUUGAAGGUUGUACCGAAACAUAUGAAGAUUUUUUUAUGGGAUUGGUCCACUUCAAAGAUGUAGCAUUGGCACACAUUUUGGUAUAUGAGAACAAGGAAGCUACUGGCAGACAUUUGUGUGUUGAAGCUAUCUCUCACUACGGUGACUUUGCGGCAAAAGUUGCUGAACUUUAUCCUGAAUAUAAUGUGCCUCGGAUAAAACGAGAUAUGCAACCUGGAUUGUUGAGAGCAAAGGAUGGAUCAAAGAAGCUCAUGGAUUUGGGUUUAGAAUUCAUUCCAAUGGAGCAAAUUAUCAAGGAUGCUGUAGAGAGUUUGAAGAACAAAGGAUGCGUUUCUUGA